AUGCCUAAAUCUGUUGAGGAUGAAUUUGGAAGAAUUGAGGAUGAUGAACUCAGACAAAAACAAAAAGAAUAUGAAUUUAUGAUGUUAACACCUAAUUUGGUUAAACAACCCGGAAUUGAGUUGGACAUUUCACAAAUGGAGACAGGCGAAGAAACUACUUCUAGAGAAAUUAAUCGUUUCAGACGAAUAAUUUAUGACCAAGGAGAAUUAUUAAAUAGUGAUUUAACAAAACCUCCCUCAAAGUUUUUUUAA